AUGAACUAUUCAUCGAUCUUCCCGAAGUCUUCUCCAGAGGCCCCUGCGCGGGAACCAAUCCCAACGAGUCCCGCGACCGCGCCAAUAGCGCUCGGUGAGCGUCCAGGGAAGUUCAAGGACCUAAACGACUUUGCUGGCUACGAAAAUGUUGAUUCUGCAGAUUCGCAUUCCGCUCUUAGCCGCGUCGACAUGCGGCCCGAAUACAAGGCAACCAAUGCUCAAAGGCUUUUUGUUCGGCAGAUCAUCCAUAUCAGAGAUGUCAACGUCAACUCACGUAUCCACGACCGGAUCAUGCUCAUCAUACGAUUAGACGGAAAUUCAUUCACCUGCCUGACGUUCUGUCGUCACGACGCCGAAGCGGUAGUCGAUACAUAUCUCUGCGUUGAUCAUGCAGCCCUCACAGCCAAUGAGAAUGAGAUUAUAAGCUCAUCCAGCAAUGGUCCCUGGUUUAAUAUCUGCGUGCAGCUCUCUUGGGGAGGCCGACAAGCGAAGCCGAGAGCAAGUUCGCUCAUCAACCUGAGGGAGCUCUGGCACAUCGAAUCAAGCGAAGGCAUCACAUUUGGUAUUCUUGGCAAAGUGCACAAGAAGAGCUGGAAUUCAGCCACCGACCGGAUGAUCGAGAUCUUUUCAAAGUCUUUGAAACAGCACUCCACAGCUCCAGAAGGGUUUUCGGUACGAGCUCCGCUGGGUCCGACUGUCAGUGAGCCAGCAAGACGCCGGGAACGAGAGAGAGAGAAAGGCAAGGGUAGAGAAGUUGAGUCAGCUCCACAGUCAGAGAGGGUUCUCGGCAGACGUACUGUCCUCCACGAUGACGACCCUGGAUGUGGGACAAAACACAAGACCGGUGACACGCGGCGGACAGAGGACGAAUUUCACGCAAUCCAAAGGGUAGACCCAGGUCGCCAUGGAAGGAGGAAGGGCGGCUUUUUGGGCUUUCAAGCUAGAAAGGGUCAACACUAA